AUGUACCAAAUGCAAAGUAUUUUGACAGCAUGUUUUGCUCCAGAUACCAAACAUACAGACGAUUGGUUCAAAAACCAAAGCACACAAGAACUUUUGAGCGAAGCACAGCGAGACCGACUUCCUUCGGGGUCGCCUAAAACUCAUGAAAAUCGUAAAAAUUUGCCAAAUGGUUUGAGAGGUUGGUAUGUACAUAGACUUCUUGUAAAUGCUGUUGCAAUGUGGGCUUCAGCUCGUUAUGCUUGGAAUAUUUACAAACUUCUUGACGAAAUUCAUAGACAAGAACGUGAAGAGAUGGAAAAGAAACUUCAUGCAAAAGAUGAAGUCAUUGAAGCAAAAGACAAAAGCAUUCAGAAAAGAAUACCACGUUCGGUACCAAAAGGUAAGGAAAAGAACUAUAAGUAUAUGAUUUAUACUGAAGAGUUGGAGAAAGAAGAAGACAGAGAUAUGGUUAUGUUGCAUUUAGUCAGAAGAAACAACAAAAGCUUUUACGACCUUGCUAAGAUUUACAAAUCUGACAGAAAUUGGUUCUAUCGCGAAAACUUACCGAUUUCAAUGACCCCAAAUGAAGAUGUGAAACAAAUAGUUCAAGAUACGUUACCUCAAACACACUAUGAUAUUAAAG